GAUGAUGAUUCUUAAAAUGGAGGAGCUUUUCUUUUUUGUAAAGAACAACCAUGAUAUAAUCUUGGCUGUUCUGCUUUCUGGUUUAAUCACUCGGCUUCUAACAACGAAACUUAGGAAAUCAUCGGACGCCAUCCCAGGACGCCUUGGUCUUCCUCUUGUUGGUGAAACAUUCUCGUUUCUUUCGGCUACUAAUAGCGACAAAGGCUGUUACGAUUUUGUUCGUCUUCGCCGAUCAUGGUAUGGGAAGUGGUUCAAAACAGGACUUUUUGGCAAAGUUCAUGUUUUCGUCCCGAGUGUUGCAGGUGCGAAAACGAUUUUAACAAACGAUUUUCAGUUGUUCAACAAAGGUUACGUGAAAUCUAUGGCGGAUGCUGUUGGAAAGAAUAGCUUGCUUUGUGUACCAGUCGAGAGCCAUAAACGAAUCAGGCGGCUUUUGUCCGCUCCUUUCUCCAUGGAUUCUUUGUCCAAAUUUGUUCAGAAAUUUGAUAAGUUGGUCUCCGAAAGAUUCGAGAAGUUGGCUGAAAAUGGCAACAGUUUUGUGGUUCUUGAUUUCACCAUGAAGAUAGCAUUCGAUGCAAUGUGUGAUAUGUUGAUGAGCAUCACAGAUGAAUAUUUGCUGAAAGAAAUGGAAAAAGACUUCACUCCUAUUUCUAAUGCUAUGCUCUCUUUUCCAUUCAUGAUUCCUGGCACUAGAUACUAUAAAGGCAUCAAGGCACGUGAAAGAGUCAUGAGAUUUUUCGAAGAAAUGAUUGCUAGUAGACGGAAUAGCAAAGAGGUUAAUGAAGACUUUUUGCAGUCGAUGUUAGAAAGAGAUUUGUUUGCAGCAGACGAGAAACUCGAUGAUUCAGAGAUAAUGGAUAAUAUGUUAACAUUGAUAAUAGCCGGGCAGACGACAACUGCGGCUGCAAUUAUGUGGAGCGUUAAGUUCUUAGAUGAGAAUAAACAAGUCCAAAACACGUUAAGAGAAGAACAGUUGUCGAUACUUAGAAAUAAACCAGAAGGGGCUUUUCUUUGUAAAGAGGAUCUUAACAAGAUGUCUUAUGGCUCAAAGGUCGUCAAAGAGACACUAAGAAUGUCGAAUGUGUUGCUAUGGUUUCCUCGUGUUGCUCUUGGCGACUGCAAAAUUCAGGAGUUUGAGAUCAAGAAAGGAUGGCAUGUUAAUAUUGAUGCUACUCAUAUACACUAUGAUCCAGAAUUGUAUAAAGAUCCUUUGCACUUCAAUCCAUCAAGAUUUGAUGAAAUACAGAAGCCUUACAACUACAUACCGUUCGGAUCAGGGCCUCGAACGUGUUUAGGGAUCAAUAUGGCAAAGGUGACGAUGUUGGUCUUCUUGCAUAGGCUAACUAGCGGAUACACUUGGACGGUCGAUGAUCAAGAUCUUAGCCUCGAAAAGAAAUCCCACAUCCCUAGACUGAAGAGCGGAGUUCCGAUUACAUUAACAUCUCUAAAAGAUUAUCAGAUUUGAAAAAAAAAUCAUAAUGUUCUUUUAGCAUUUCAUCGAUAUAUAGAUGACGUUUCUAAGUUUGGGGAUAUUAUUUAAAGGUGUGCAAGAGAUAUUUAUAUACUAGAUAUAUGAACUAUAUUACACCAAUGAAAGUAGCGUUUACAUUUAUAUGUUAAUCAAAAGAUGUAAUUUCACGUUGUAUGAUAUGAAAUGU